AUGUUUUCUCCCUUUUUGUCUUCUCUUUUUCCUUCUUCUUCUUCUUCCCUUUCCAGUUUAUCUACAGCUUUUAGGUAUUGUGUCUCUUUGAUUUUUCAUACUUUCUUGCUUCUUUUCAUUUUACUUUCUUUUCUUUCCAUUUCUUUACAGUCUUCUUACCUUUUUACAUUUAUUUUCUUUCUUUUUACCAUUUUUUUCAUCAUUUUCUUUUUUCCUCCUUUUUUCUUUUCUUUUUUCCUUUUCAUUCUUUUUCUUUUCUUUUUUCCUUUUCAUUCUUUUUCUUUUCUUUUUUCCUUUUCCUCCUUUUUUCUUUUCUUUUUUCCUUUUCAUUCUUUUUCUUUUCUUUUUUCCUUUUCAUUCUUUUUCUUUUCUUUUUUCCUUUUCAUUCUUUUUCUUUUCUUUUUUCCUUUUCAUUCUUUUUCUUUUCUUUUUUCCUUUUCAUUCUUUUUCUUUUCUUUUUUCCUUUUCAUUCUUUUCUUUUCUUUUUCCUUUUCAUUCUUUUCUUUUCUUUUUUUUCCUUUUCAUUCUUUUUCUUUUCUUUUUCCUUUUCUUUUCAUUUUUUCUUUUUUUUUUUUCCUUUUCUUUUCCUUUUUUUCUUUUCUUUUUCCUUUUCCUUCUUUUUCUUUUCCUUUUUCCUUUUCAUUCUUUUUCUUUUCUUUUUUCCUUUUCCUUCUUUUUCUUUUCUUUUUUCCUUUUCCUUCUUUUUCUUUUCUUUUUUCCUUUUCCUUCUUUUUCUUUUCUUUUUUCCUUUUCCUUCUUUUUCUUUUCUUUUUUCCUUUUCCUUCUUUUUCUUUUCUUUUUUCUUUAUUUUUACUACAGUAUUGGUUUUUCUAUUUUUUUCUUUGUAACAUUUUUUUUUUUACUUCUAUUCCUCUCCUCUUUUCCCUUCUUUCUUUAGUCUUUCCAAUUCCUUUCUUCAAUAAAAUCCGUAAAAAGAGAGAAAGUUACAAUGAUAAAAUUCCAACACCUCCAGAUGAUGACAAUGAAGUACAGAAGUCUCUGGAAGAACUCCAAAGACUUACUAUCAAAGAUGAUGACCUCAGAAAGAUCCGAGAUGUUCAAUCUACAGAACCGAGGACUCUUAUACACAAAAAAAUCACUUUUAAAAUCAAUAAACCUAUUGCACCCCCAGACAAGAAACAGAAAACGGCUAUUGUGGCCAAACCAGCUUUGCCUGAUGCCAUUCAUAAAUCUCCAGAUGUCUUUCAUGGUUGUCUGGGCCCUAAAUUUGAUAGCAUUGGUCGGCUUGUAUCACACAGUAUUGCUGGAAAUUAUGAUGAUUUUUAUUCAAUGGCUUCCAAGGCUGGCCAGGUAGAGGGUUUGCCUCUUCCUCAAGAUGGUUAUGUUCCGUUGAAGAAGCCGCUCUCUCUACAUGAAAGUCCUCCUCCUCCUCCUCCUCUUAUCACACCACAAACCCAAUCUGAACAUGUCAGCUGUGCAGAAACUAAAGCCCUUCGUAACUGGAAAGUAAGAAUGGCACAAAGAAGUAUGCAGCAGAAUUAUAUUUGCAAAUUGUUGGAGAGACAACCUCAAGAUUUGGUAAUGAAUCAGGCAGACUACAUUCGUAAUCGUGUAGAAUUAUGUGAAGUCCUUGAUAGAGUUCUGCCACAAAUCACUUAUGGAAAAGGAUAUCGAAAAAAUUGCGAAUUCUGGAGACAACAAGAGAGAUUUGGAGACGAAAUGAAAGGAAUAUUUGCCACUCUCAAUCUGACCGAGAAAGGAAUGCCACCCUCAAUUGAUCAUGUGGGUGUGCCACCUCUGGUCCGGCAAGAGAAAGGCAUGGUCUGGCAUCCUGCCAAUACCCCAAGAAUUCAGCAUCCCUGGGACCAAAAUUCCUAUUUGCUCAGCAGGAAAAUGCAGCUCCGUGAUCUGAUUGAAGAAGAAGAUAGCCAACAUCCAGACUUUGAAGGACUUGAAGUGGUUGGCUCAAAGAUUAAAGAAGAAUCCACCAUAACUGGAAAUAAAUUGCUUGUCCAUGGAGAUUCUAAUGGUUGUGAAAUACCUGACAAUGAGCAAACUCUCUCUUACUCACCAGUGGAAAAUUCCAGUCCACACAGCUCCGACAGUCUGUCAACCAAAGCACCAACAAAUGGAGUGAAAUUUUUUCCUGCUCUUAUUUUUGAUGGAGAGCAAUUGCAGUGGACAGGAAACAGACAUAACAUCUCCCAACAGUUAAUGCCAUUUGAAAGGUGUGUCAUCUUCGAGACACUACUAUAUCAACAAGUCGAAUCCUACCUGGAUAUUGCCAAUAAUGGCACAACUGCCAUUUUUUAUUGUUGGAAGAAACUACCAAAAGACAACCCAUUUAAUAUAUUCCACCAGCCAGUACAAAGAUUCUACUUCAAUGAUUCAGAUGGUGUCAUUCUACCUGGUAUGACAUUGCAGUUUCCAUUCACAUUUAAAUCUUCCCAUUGUGGCAUUUAUUCUGAACAGUGGUUGUUUGAAACACACCCUGUGCUACAGGGUGGAGCACCCAUUAUUUUGACCUUGCGGGGGACAAUAAUUCCAGAGGAUAAAUUCUGUGAGGAGAGGAAAGAACUGAGAGAACAUCUUAAGCAGUUGCAGCAAGAACAUUUGGCUGAGAGAAUGGUUCAUGACCUUUGCUCUUCUAUUUGCUCAGAAGAACCUUCUCCUUCCCCUAUUGAUGCAUACAUCACCCAAGAAGAGCGGUUCAGGCGGCAAAAUCCUCAUCUGCACUAUGACCACAAGGCUGUCAAAGAAAUACAAAAUAUUUACUCUGCCAUUUUCCAAGAUGCAGAAAAAGAAGGUUAUAUGUGGAAUUUCUCCAUAGCUGAUCUUGCUCAGAUUAUUUCAGAUUUGGAUGACAGUGAAGAAAAAGAAGGUUAUUUGAAUCGAUUAGAGGAGAACAUUUGUCGAAUGCAGUUUCAGUCGGAUACAUUCAAGUCUUAUGAUCUGUACCAAUGUGGAUUUUUACUACUUGGAGAUGCCUUGGAUCUACUCACUAUACGACUAGGCAAAAUAUGGAAUGGACUCUAUGUGGGUGAGUAA